AAAAAACCAUGCCCACCCAUCACCACCACCACCACCACAAACAACAACAACAACAACAACAACAACCACACCAAAACCAACCCAUCAAUGACGCCUCCCUAUCCCUCUCCCCAUCCACCCGACUAGUCCCCGACAUCCACACAACCGCACACGCCGGGUACAUAUUCGCCGCGUUCGCCGCAAUCGCAUGGUACAACUCCCUCGAACUGCUGGUGCUCUGCCUGUCCACGUUCCGACACCACCGGAGCAAAAGCACCUAUUUCUGGUCCCUGCUGCUCGCCUCCCUCAGCAUCAUCCCGCAGAGCCUCGGCUACGUGCUCCUGUUCUUCCUGCCGGAGAUCCCGCCCUGGGGGCCCGCGACGCUGAUCGUGGUCGGGUGGUGCGGGAUGAUCACGGGGCAUUCGCUGGUUCUCUGGUCGCGGCUGCAUCUGGUGCUGCAUGAUCCCCGGAUCCUGCGGUAUCUGUUGAGGUUGAUCGUCGUCGAUGACAUCUUGCUGCAGGUGCCGAUCACCGUGUUGCUGUAUGGGACGGUGACGUUUCGGUCGAGCCGCAUCUCCGAUGGGUAUUCGGUUAUGGAGAGGAUUCAGCUCGUCGGCUUUGCGUUGCAGGAGACCUUGCUGUCAGGGAUUUAUGUCUGGGAGGCUGCCAGGUUGUUGUUGCUUCGGCCGGGGGGGCGCCAUCAUCGCGUGCUGGGGCAGUUGUUGGCGAUCAAUGUGCUCGUUUUGCUGCUGGAUGUGGCCGUCGUGGGGAUUCAGUAUGCGGGCUUUUACUCCAUACAGGUCAUGCUGAAGCCUGUCGCGUAUAGCGUCAAGCUGAAGUUGGAGUAUACGAUUCUGGGCCGGUUGGUGAGUGUGGUCGAGGGCGCAAAGGCGCAGGAUAUCUUGAGCACCCAAGAAUUCACCAUGCUGCCCCAACACAUGAUUGAGGAAUAG